AUGAGGUUAUCGGCCUUAUCCCUUAGUUUAGUCCUAUGUGGUUUCGUUCCGGUUCAGGCCAAUGACUUUUCCUCAUUUCUAAGCGCCAAUGCAUCGCUCGCGGUGGUUGUUGAUUACGAAUAUAUGGCCAUUCAUCGGCAGAAUAUAAUGGCCCAUUUCGAGAAGAUUCUCAGUGAUGUGAUACGUGAGAAUAUGAAGAAUGGUGGCAUUAAUGUGCGCUACUUUACUUGGAAUUCGGUGAAAAUCAAGAAAGAUUUUCUGGCUGCAAUUACGGUGGCGGAUUGUGAGAGCACUUGGAAUUUUUAUAAAACCACACAGCAAACAUCGAUUUUGCUGAUUGCCAUUACGGAUUCAGAUUGUCCACGAUUACCACUAAAUCGAGCCCUGAUGAUACCAAUGGUUUCGCAUGGCGAUGAGUUUCCACAAAUCGUAUUGGAUGCCAAGGUUCAGGGCAUUUUCAAAUGGAAAUCGGUUGUUGUAUUUGUGGAUCAAACUAUACUCGAGAACAGUCCGAUGUUGAUCAAGUCGAUUGUGCACGAAAGCACCACGAAUCAUAUACCGCCCAUUUCGGUGAUUCUCUACAAGAUCGAUGAAUCCAUGCGUGGUCAGCAGAAGCGAAUUUCUCUACGGAAGGCGCUGAUACAAUUUGCACCAACGAAACAUGAACUGAGGCGACAACAGUUUCUGGUUUUAUCCCGUUUCCAUGAGGAUAUCAUUGAGAUAGCGGAGACACUGAGUAUGUUCCACGUAAACAAUCAAUGGAUGUUCUUUGUAUUGGAGGAUCCGCAUAAUGAGUUUGAUGCCAAUACGGUGACAAUUAAUCUCGAUGAGGGCGCCAACAUUGCAUUCGCUUUGAACGAGACUAAUUUCAAUUGUGUGGACACAUUGAAUUGUACCAUUACUGAAGUAUCGAUGGCUCUGGUCACAUCCUUGUCACGAAUGAUACUCGAAGAGCAAUCCAUUUACGGCGAAAUAUCCGAUGAGGAAUGGGAGUCAAUAAGGUUUACCAAACAAGAGAAGCAGGACGAAAUGCUCGAAUAUAUGAAGGACUAUUUAAAAACGAAUAGCAAGUGUGCAAGUUGCGCUCGUUGGCGCUUCGAAACGGCGAUUACUUGGGGAAAGAGUCAGGAGAAUCGCAAAUUUCGUGCGGCGCCCACUCGCGAUGCAAAGAAUCGAAACUUUGACUUCAUCAAUAUUGGAUAUUGGAGUCCGCUGUUGGGUUUUGUAUGCCACGAGCUGAUCUUUCCCCAUAUCGAGCAUCAUUUUCGGAAUAUCACCAUGGAUAUUGUCACUGAGCAUAAUCCGCCCUGGCAAAUUCUCACCAAGGACUCUCGCGGCGUCAUUGUCGAGCACAAUGGGAUCGUUAUGGAAAUCCUCAAGGAACUGAGUCGGGCCCUCAACUUUAGCUACUAUCUGCACGAUGCCACUGCUCAGGAUUACGACAAUCAGCUCGGCCCGAGCACAAAUGAGAGUGAUGAACUAAUGGGCUCGAUGACCUUUCGCAUACCAUAUCGUGUUGUGGAAAUGGUUCAGGGCAAUGAGUUCUUUAUGGCUGCGGUGGCUGCCACCAUUGAUGAGCAGCAUAAAAAGCGCUUCAACUACACACAGCCAAUUAGUGUGCAAAAAUAUACAUUUAUAUUGAGGCAACCGGAUGAAGUGAGUCGCAUCUAUCUAUUCACCGCUCCAUUCACCAUAGAGACCUGGGCAUGUUUAGCUGGUAUUUUAAUGGUCACAGCUCCCAUGCUGUAUAUUGUUAAUCGUCUGGUGCCGCUGCAGGAAUUGCAAAUUCGUGGACUGUCCACAGUUAAGAACUGCUUCUGGUACAUCUAUGGAGCACUGCUGCAACAAGGCGGCAUGUAUCUGCCACGUGCGGAUAGUGGCCGAUUGGUAGUUGGCUUCUGGUGGAUCGUUGUAAUUGUGCUGGUUACCACCUACUGUGGCAAUCUGGUUGCAUUUCUCACAUUCCCCAAAUUUCAGCCGGGCAUCGAUUACCUGAACCAGCUAUUUGGCCACACGGAAAUCAAACAAUACGGUCUACGCAACGGCACCUUCUUCGAGAAAUAUGUGGAGACGACAACGAGGCCAGAAUUUAAACGUUUCAUUGAACGCGCCACGAUUUAUAGCAGUGUCCAGAGUGAAAAUAUAGCUGCUGUAAAGCAUGGCGAUCGUAUCAAUAUCGAUUGGCGCAUCAAUCUCCAAUUGAUUGUGCAGCAACACUUUGACAAGGACAAAGAGUGUCGAUUUGCGCUGGGCAAAGAGGAUUUUGUGGACGAACAAAUCGGUCUGAUUGUGCCGACGAGCAGUGCAUAUUUGCAUUUGAUUAAUCAGCAUUUGGAUAAAUUAUUUCGCAUGGGUUUCAUCGAACGCUGGCACAAAACGAAUCUACCGUCGAUGGACAAGUGCAACGGUCGCAAUGUACAGCGACAGAUUGCCAAUCACAAGGUCAACAUGGAUGACAUGCAAGGCUGUUUUAUGGUCCUCUUAUUUGGCAUCAUUUUGGCGCUGUUCAUCAGUUGCAUUGAGUUCUGGUAUUAUCGUUUCUUUGUCGUUGGUCGAGACCGUAAGAGUAUCGCUUUUGCCAAUUGA